AUGGGUGAAAAACGAAAAGCUCGCUUAGUUAACAAUGAAAGAACAGCAAAAAAAGAGAAAAAAACUGUAGAUACUGUUAUACUAACUGCUAUCAAUGAUGAAAUUGAAGAAUCGUCGUCAGUGCAAUCAAAUGGUAGCACAACAGAUAGCACUAGCCAACAACCGUCUACAACAAAAGAAAAUACAAAUCCUGAAGACAUGGAAGAAUCAGAAACAAUAGCUCCUAUUGAUGGUGUAGAAUUAGAGAACGAAGAAAAUGGCGAAACAAAACCAUCAACGAAUGGUGAUGCUGAUGAUGAAGAUAACGAUAAUAAACUUGCAAAUGAAUCAGUACCACCAACAAAAUCAUGGUGGUCAUCAUUAAUUCAUCUUUUUCAUUUUCGUAAUAAUACAAAUGAAAAUAAACCUGAAAUAAAUGAAUCAAGUGACCACCCAUCAUCUCCAUAUUUGAAUGGAAGUUAUUUAAGUAAUGUUAAAUGUCGUCGAUCACUUCAUGAUGAAUCAUUAGUUAGUUAA